CUCGAGUAGUCGCGAUAUUCACCAUAGCUGACCGAAAGGAGCUAUUUAUAUCUCUGGGUUGGAAGAACCUUGACAUUCUUUUCUAUUUGGUUUCCAUACCAAACUCAGCCAGCCUCUCAGCCGACUUGUAAAAUUGUCGUUGGGGGAGAUUUGCCAUCAUGGCCAACACGAAACCAAUCUUCUGUGCGACGCACCCACGUGCGUGCAGCACCGCGUUUGAACGUGUUCGAUUCACUGGAUGCCGCCAUGUUUUCAUUGCUGACCAAGCCAAAAGGUUUUCAUGACCAGGAAGGAUCUGGCAUGCGUCCAUGAGCCGUUUGGCGAUGCAUUCUACUACGGGUAAGUCGACAACCGGCGUGGGGGUCAUAUCUGAUGACUCUCCAGUCCGGAGAGGAUGGGCGUGCGUUAUGAGCAUGACGAGGAGGCGAGAAGAGCCACCGGAUUCAGCAACUCGACCUACAAGACAAUUUUCGAUCGUCUCGAACGGGAAGGAUCUGAGGUGUGAUACUUCUCCAAUCGUCCUGCUUUGAUGCGGACAUUCGUCCAUGCCAUGUGAAAUGCUUGCUCACCCUGGACAGGGUAAACGUGUCUUCAUUAAGGACAUCACUUAUUACCUGUUUCCACCUGAGCAGCAACCGGCCAGAAUUGCGCCUUCUUUGCUGACCAAAAAACGAGGCAUUGGCACCGACACAGCAGUCAAUGGGGUCAAUGGAACCAAUGGAGUCAACGGAGUCAACGGCGUCAACGGUCAUGUUCCCAGCGCUAAGCCGCCGUUCCCAUACCCAACCGAAGGUGAACCGGGAAAUCCGACCGUUGUGCCCAGGGCUUUACUCGAACAGUUCCAUUUCACGUUCUUGAUUCGAGACCCUCACUCGAGCAUUCCAAGCUAUUAUCGAUGCUGCAUUCCACCAUUGGAUGACAUGACCGGGUGGUAUGUGUUCUACCCGAGUGAAGCUGGCUACGACGAGCUUCGGCGCUUCUUCGACUAUGCCAGGGAAAGCGGUUUGGUUGGGAAGAAAAUCACCGGCCAAGCAAAUGGUGUCGCCCAUGGCGACGCAGACAAGCCCGAGAUCUGCAUGAUUGAUGCAGACGAUCUGCUCGAUGAUCCAGAAGGUGUUCUCAGGGCUUAUUGUAAGAGCGUUGGACUUGAAUUUACUCUCGAUAUGCUUAAUUGGGACAACGAAGAAGACCAUGAGCGUGCAAAGGCGGCAUUUGAGAAGUGGAAGGGAUGGCAUGAAGAUGCCAUUGAUUCGACAGACCUCAAGCCUAGAGCUCACAAAAAAGUUGCAAAGACGGAAGCUCAAUGGGACGCCGAAUGGAAGGAGAAAUAUGGUGAGGAGGGCGCAAAAAUCAUUCGGGACACGGUAGACAAGAACAUGGAUCACUACCUUUACCUGAAGCAAUUUGUUUUGAAGGCAUGAAUGAACGCAAUGGACAGCGAGCAGACGGUAUGGAAACACGACUAUCUUUGAGAGGGAUGAGACCAGAAUGACCUUGUAAUCUUCAUUGUUUGGUUUGACGAGAAUGCCAGAAAUCCCAGUUAUAGUUUCUUAUGAUGAUGAGCAUGCUUUUCGCACCAG